CAUUCAUUGAAGAGCUACAGCGCGCGCGAUACGCAACUUUACAACCAUGUUUAAUUCACUCCAACUUGCCAUUUGCAUCGGGAUAAUUCUCAGACCAGUGUCUUUCGCAAGAAAGAUUUCACUCGAGGACGAAACUGCCGUCAUCCGGGAAUUCAACGAAUUUACUCCAAGAAAGAUACCCAGGUACAACCUUUUCCAGCAAUCCAGGAGAGAUGGAGGACAGCUUCCAGAAGUCGCUUGCCUGCCUCAUCCUGAAGUUGUCCAAGUUGAACCCAAUGUCAAAGACCAAAGAAACACACCACAGUUUGUCACGGUUAACCGCUGCAAAGGGGCGUGUGACCUACCUCUCAACACGGAGACCUGCACACCGAUUAAGAAGCGAGAUAUUUCUGUCGAAGUGUCAUUCGCUGAUGGCACAAGCCAACCCCGGUACGUUGAAGAUCAUUUGGAAUGCGCGUGCAAAUGUCAAAAGGGGUUGGAUUGCAAAGCACACCAUGAAUUUGACGAACAGAACUGUCGAUGUGUUUGCAAAAAGAUGUGCGGAGGGAAUGAAAAUCAGGAUCCCGUGACAUGUCGUUGUACUGCACGAGAAGGAAAACGAAGAUACGAGAUAAUAGAGUACUAGUAGUAAUAAACUGAUAUUUUAUAGCUUAAAAGCAUGCUGGUUUAUAAUUAGGAAAAAAAAUUGCUGAACACUUUAGUCCAGGAUGCAAACUACGUUAUAAGCUGAUUAAGAGAUGGAAAUUAUGUUCCCGCAUUUUUAUAAUCAAGAAUGAAAUAAAAAGUCGAUAUAAUUGUAACAGUAAGUAAUAAAAGAACAAUAAAUGACUGACUUUA